AUGGGAAAAGGUAAAUUGAAGGCGGCUUUGAAGCAUCAAAAAGAGCAAGCAGCUGCAUUGAAGGCUCAGACCAAGGAGCAAAAGCCUAAGAAGGUUGUCGAAGCUCCAGUUGAAGAAGACUCAGAAAGCGAAGAAGAGGUGGAGGAAGGCAUCGCGGAAGACCUCCCUAAUGAAGGCGCCCCUUUGUCCCAUAAAGAAAAGAGAAUGUUGAAGAAGUUGAUGAAAAAGAGAGCUGAAAGCUCUAAGGCUACUGCCGCUUCUGAAGAUGAGGAGGAGGAAGAGGAUGAAGAUGAGGAAGAGUUGGACCUCGAGAAGCUAGCUGCCUCUGAGAGUGAAAGCGAGCUUGAAAGCGAGAACGACGAUGAUGACGAUGAAGAUGAUGAAGAGGAAGAGGGAGAAGACGAUGAAAAAGAUCCAGAAGAGGAUGAAGAAGAGGCCGAAGAUGUUCCAUUGUCCGAUGUCGACCUCGAUUCUGACACCGAUGUGGUUCCACACUCCAAGCUUACCAUCAACAACAUUGCUGCAUUGAAAGAGUCUCUUGUCAGAAUACAGUUACCUUGGGAGAAGCACUCCUUCAUUGAGCAUCAAUCUGUUAUCAGUGCAGAGAACACUGAUGCUGGCAUCAAGGACAUUUACGACGACACGGAAAGAGAGCUUGCAUUUUAUAAACAAGGUUUGGAUGCUGUUAAGCAAGGCAGAUCUACGUUAUUGAAGUUGAAGGUUCCUUUCUCCCGUCCUCUUGAUUACUUUGCCGAGAUGGUGAAGUCUGACGAACACAUGGACAAGUUGAAGAACAAGUUGUUGAAGGAGGCGGCCGACAAGAAGGCUUCUGAGGAUGCUAAGAAGCAGAGAAAGUUGAAGAAGUUUGGUAAGCAAGUGCAACAUGAGACUUUGCAACAGAGAGCCAAGCAGAAGAGAGAGACUUUGGAUAAGAUCAAGUCUUUGAAGAAAAAGAGAAGCGCAAACGAGCUCGAAAACGAUAACGAGUUCCAGAUUGCAUUAGAAGAAGCCACAGCCGACGACAGACCAGCCAAGAGAAACAAGCCUAACGGUAAGCGUAUGGCCAAGGACUCCAAAUACGGUUUCGGCGGUAAGAAGAGAGGAAUGAGAAAGAACGACGCUGACUCUUCUGCGGACAUAUAUAAUGUCGGUAAGAAGGGCAAAGGCAAGGCCUCGAGGCCUGGUAAGAGCAAGCGUAACAGAGGGCACUAG